GAAGGCAUUGGCCGGGCCCAGCUCUCGCUCAGUAGCUGCUGCUGCCUGCUCUAAGAGGCGGGCUACGCUGUGGCGACCCGGGGCCUGUGGGAGCGGACGCCGGGGCCGGGCGGUUCCUACUUCCCUCAGCUGUGACUUCUUUUGGACAAUCCAUGAUAUUUAUUAUUGUGCCAAGUUUCUACAAAUAAAAGAUGGGUGGAUUAUUUUCUCGAUGGAGGGCAAAACCUUCAACAGUCGAAGUUCUAGAAAAUAUAGAUAAGGAAAUUGAAGCACUGGAAGAAUUUAGAGAAAAAAAUCAAAGAUUGCAAAAAUUAUGGGUUGGAAGACUAAUUAUCUAUUCUUCAGUUCUUUAUCUGUUUACAUGCUUAAUUGUGUACUUGUGGUAUCUUCCUGAUGAAUUUACAGCAAGACUUGCCAUGACACUCCCAUUUUUUGCCUUUCCUUUUAUCAUCUGGACCAUAAGAACUGUGCUUAUUUUCUUCUUUUCCAAGAGAACAGAGAGAAAUAAUGAAGCAUUGGAUGAUUUAAAAUCCCAGAAGAAAAAGAUACUUGAAGAAGUCAUGGAAAAAGAAACUUAUAAGACAGCUAAGUUAAUUCUUGAAAGAUUUGAUCCAGACUCAAAGAAAGCAAAGGAGUUUGAGCCGCCAUCUGCUGGAGCAGCUGUAACUGCAAAACCAGGACAAGAGAUUCGUCAGCGAACUGUAGCUCAAAGAAACCUUUCCUCAGCACCAGCAAGCUCUUCUCAGGGCCCUCCUCCACAAGUUCCAGUAUCUCCUGGGCCAUCAAAGGAUGCUUCAGCUCCUGGGGGACCUCCAGAAAGGACUAUUGCUCCAGCCUUACCCAGGCGCCUUGGAUCCCCUGCUACUUCAGUGCCUGGAAUGGGCCAUCAUCCUCCAGGUCCACCCUUAGCAAGACCCAUUCUCCCCCGAGAACGAGGUGCUCUGGAUAGAAUUGUUGAAUAUUUAGUUGGUGAUGGUCCACAGAACAGGUACGCUCUCAUAUGUCAGCAGUGCUUUUCUCACAAUGGCAUGGCUUUAAAGGAAGAGUUUGAAUACAUUGCUUUUCGAUGUGCCUACUGUUUUUUCUUGAAUCCUGCAAGAAAAACCAGACCUCAAGCUCCACGACUUCCAGAGUUUAGUUUUGAAAAGAAGCAGGCCGUGGAAGGCUCAAGUUCAGCUGGUCCCUUGUCAUCAGAAAGUGUACCCUCCCCAGAGAGCCAGUUCAGUGAAGAAUCUUUAGAAGAACAAGAUGUUCUUGGUAGUAGUACAGAACAGGGAGAUGACAGAAUACCAGUGGCAGAGCAGACAAGCCAAGUGAUUGAAAAAACAUCUGGUUCAGAGGAGCCAGAGGCGAAACAAGAAGAGACAGAGAACGAGGAAACGUCAACAAAUGAAGCCAAGUCAACAGUUCUCAGAGCUGAUUCUGUUUCUAGUGUUGAACCAAGUGGAGAAUCUUUGGUGACACAGUAGUAAAUAACUCCAUGUGCCUUCUACUGGAUAUUUGUAGUCUUGUUGAUGUCAGUUACUGCUCUUUUUUUUUUUUUUUUGUGGUACUCAAAAAAAAAAAGCCUUUUGGAUAUAUGCUUAAUACUAUUCAAAUUCAGAUUGCCUAGCAAGUUCAGUGUGUUCCAGGCCUGUCUACUGGGCAUUGAAAAUAAAAGCAUGUGGUAUCACUGAAUGUGCAGAGACCCACAUAGCUGUUAGAUACUUUGUGCAUUCUAAAGUAAAAAAAAAAAGCAUUUUUGUUUUCUACACCUAUAACUUGUAAAUAAUACCUAUUUUGACAUAGGAACAACUUUGGCUAGGAAUAAUUUCUUUAAUGGUAUUUAAGGAUUGAAACAUAAUUAAGAUUUUGAAUACUUCAUCAUUGAAUUUUAACUUCUGAGAUAUUUGCCAGUGGGAAGGAUAUAUCUGUUUAGGUGUUUACAUUAAGUGAUACUGAAAGCUGUAAUCUUAAUUACAUAGGCAUUGGUACGAAUUGUCAAUAAGAAUGCAACUGAACAGUCAAGUGCAGUGUUUCUUUUGAUGUCUUUUAUUUUGCAGCUGGGCCAAAGGCACAUGAUGUAUAUAGUUAGUUUAUGUUUACAUAUUAACAAAUAGGAACUACGUCUGCACUUGACUGUACUUGAAUUCUUGGUAUUAUUUAUAUUUGUAAAAUAAUGAUAUAUAAAUGAAUUUGUGUGUGUGUG